AAUGUCAAAACAAACCUGAUUCAGGAGUUUGAAUCAAGCACUAGUUCUGAAAAAUUGCAAGGAAACUCUAUGCCAAAUAUUAUCGAAAAUGCUGAACAAUGUUAUCAAUCAAAUGAAGUAGAGAAUAAAAUAGACAUUUUGAAAGAAGAUACAAGUUCUCAUGAUAAAUCUGAUGAAGUUGACAUAGAAGAAUGUGAGGAGAAAGAGUUUUCGGAAAAUGAAGGUCAUGGCAAAGAUAAUGUUGAUGCUGUGGAAUUGAAUAAUACUCAGUCUACGUGUCCAGAAGAGGAUGAUGAACAGCAGGAAGAUGAAGAGUUUCAUGAUACCCAAGAAACAUCACAGGCAGAUGAUGAUGAUGAUGAUCACUUUCAUGAUGCCACAGAUACUAUUGAUGCUGACUUUACAUUUGGUCCUAUCACUAGAUCAUCAUCAAGGAACCAAAGCAGUGGGUCCAGUGGUAGCAAUCGAUGUGRCAGUGCUUCUUCAGAUGAUCAGUCAACCUGUAAACAGCCUGAUGAAGAUCACAACAGAUCACAAUCCAGUCCAGAACAUAGCCAAGAAAACUGYCUCUUGGUUGACAACAAUGAUGAAGACAAAGAUAGUGCUUAUCCUGAUAAUCCAUUUGGAUUUGAUAACAAGGUUCUAAAGAACAAUGCAGGAGUCAUCCAUUCAUUUAUCAAGCGAAACACCCCUAAGAAGGUGGACAGACAGGAAAAAUCCCGCAAGAUGAAACUCGCUAUACUUGAAAAAGAGGAGAAAGAGAAAGAAAGAAUCCAAAGACUUGCUCAACAAAAGCAGAAGAAAAUUGAAGACCAGAAACGGAGACGUGAAGAGAAGGAACGUAAAGUUGCAGAAUUGCGUGCUGCCAAAACACGCGAACAGAAAGAAAAGAAAGAGCAACUGGAAAAGAAGCAAGAAAUGAGGAAACGUCUUGAAGACAAAGCAAAGAAGAUGAAAGAAAGAGAAGAAGAAGCAAAGAGAAAAGCGCGCCAAGAGAAGAAAGCCGAAUGCGACGCCAGAAGAAAACAAGAAGAAGAACAGCGWAAGCAAAAGCAACGCGAGAAGGAAGAAGAAGAACGAAAACACCGCGAAAUGAUGCAGAGAAAAGCAGAGUUCGAAGAACAAGAACGCCAACGGAAGAUACUCGAAGCAAAACGUCAUCAAGAGUUUCGUGAACAAGAGUUKCAGMGAGAGAAAGAUCUGGAAAAACAGCGACUGGCGAAAGAGAAGGAGGAAAGGGAGCGCAAGGCUAAAGAAGAAAARGAAAGGCAUGAAAGAAAGCUCAAAGAAGACAAGGAAAAGGAAGAGAGGGAACGAAAAAGAAUCGCAGCUCUCUUUAGAGAAAAAGAAGAACAAGAAAGACGAGAAAGAGAAAAGAAAGCCAAAGAAGAACAACUACGAAAAGAGCGAGAAAUAAAAUUCCGACUUCAAGAAGAACAAGAAAAGGAAAGACAACGUUUGCGCAAACUUCAGGAACAACGAGAGGCUGAAGAAGCGAAAAUGAAAGCUUUACGUAAAGUAAUGGAAGAUACAUGUACCUAUGACAUGACCCCACCMCCUCCCCCAAAAGUCCGAUGCGUUUCUACAACGGAAAAUUACAACAUCGAUGACAUCUGUAGCGAUGAUUCUACCGACGAUGAGGACGCACCGAAGAAAAAGAUCCCACAAUGGGCACAGGGSGCUAAACUCAAAGCUGCUUUACUUAGUCARAGUGAUGUUACAUUAGAUGAAAUAGAAGCCAUUUUUGGUGGAGUCACUAUGCCGAACUUAGACGACAUAUUUACACAGAAGAAGAGAAAGAGAUUUUAUCAGCGYACAAGCUCAGCUCACUGGGAUACACCACCGCUGAAACCCMUUAAUAGAGGAACACUGAUUUGAUAGUUAAUCAGCAGCGAAUUAUAACAGUUUAUAAACGUCGCAAAACGUGCGCAAAAGAUAAUUCAAAUCCACUGCAAGCAAGCUGCACAAAGGAUGGACCAGAGAUUUUCUUUUAGCUUAGUUAUGAAAUUGAUAUCCGUCCAUGUACUUGUAUUUUCAUGAAUCCUAGUAUGCGUGUAUCAAAUUAUUUAACUAUAGAACGUCGAAUUCAACUCCUUUCGAGACAACGCAACGUUACAAUUAGAUCACCAGUUGUAGUCAAGUUGAGCACUUUGUUAUAACACAUAAGUGCGUUUCGUAACUGAAUAUAUAUAAGUUGUUUCCAUGACAUUCAAAAACCUGUUUUUUUUUUUGUUUUUUUUUUUUUUCCUAAUGGAAAUGCAAGUCAGAAUCUUUGUAAAUCCGUAAGCCGAGUAAACCCGUUAAUGCACUAUUUCUAUACGAGAACACCGUACAUAGCACUUGUAAAUACGUAAGCUGAGUAGCGUUAAGGCCUACUCGUCUUAGGGUCCUGAGUAAGCCUGUUUUCCUAAAUGCACUACUUUUGAAUAUUAGCAGAGGAUUCGCCGAGAUCCGUUCAGAAGUAGAGCACGCAUCUAUCACUGGACAGAUUUCAUGGAAGCCUCUUCUGUUUAACAACAAUAGCUCAAAUUUUGGAGGAAAAGGGCUUCUGCAUGAAAUACCGUUAUAGUCAAAUGGUACUAAAUCUACAAUGCUGGAGUGGGAUGUGCAGAACAAAGAAAUUAAAUUUGACGGCCUACUUUCCCUAUGUUUUUGCGGUUUACAUUCUUUAGGAAUCCAGUAUGGCGGAUUUAGUACCAUGUGGCUCUUUCUAAAAAGUCUUUUUAUGCCUGUAAUUCCUGUAAACUGUAUCUAGUGUUGGUGGCAACAGCUUCAGUCAGCAAAGGACAAUAUUACAACAACGAGCUUCAAGUUCCUUUAUUAUGUACCAUACAUUUAUAUUGAUCUAUUAAUUGAAUAUUAGCCCAUACUGUAAAUACAUUGUUCUACUAAAUGGUUUACUACAUAAAUGGAAAAAGUAUGAGACCAAG